GCCGGCCCGUACCUUUCCACCCCUCUUCUCCUUCUUCUCCUUCUUUUCCAGCCUAGUCAGUCCCAUCUCAUGCGUCCUGCUCUCUGCUUCUCCCCUUUCACGCCCUGAUCCUUCCCAUUUAAGUGGAUUCAUGCUCAGCUCUCGCCCUCCUCGGUCGCCAUGCAGAACAACCACAGUAAGGAGCAUCUCUAUAAGAUCCUGGUCAUAGGGGACCUGGGGGUGGGCAAGACCAGUAUUAUCAAACGUUAUGUCCAUCACAACUUCAGCCCCAACUACCGGGCCACCAUCGGGGUGGACUUCGCCCUCAAAGUCCUGAACUGGGACCAGGAGACGGUGCGUCUUCAGCUGUGGGACAUCGCAGGUCAGGAGAGGUUUGGGAACAUGACCCGUGUUUACUACCGUGAGGCCAUGGGUGCCUUCAUUGUGUUUGACGUCACAAGGCCUGCCUCCUUCGAUGCCGUCACCAAAUGGAAAGAAGAUUUGGAUUCCAAACUCACUCUUGCCAACGGGAAACAUGUAGCCACCGUGCUUUUGGCAAAUAAAUGUGACCAGGGUCGGGAUGUACUGACCAAUAAUGGAAUAAAGAUGGAGCAGUUCUGCCAGGAGAACGGCUUUGUGGGAUGGUAUGAGACUUCUGCUAAGGAAAACAUCAACAUUGAUGAAGCAGCAAACUGCUUGGUGAAACACAUCAUCGCCAGUGAGAAUGACAUGCUCCAGUCAGAAGUCCCCGACACCAUCACCCCCCAGUUAGAGAAGGACAAAGGCGGGACAUGCUCGUCCUGCUUCAGGUCCCAGUAACACCUCCUGACAGUUGGACGUCUUUUUGCAUCUCAUUACACACACAAAGUCAAGUUUGUCUGUGAGCAAGAGACAGAGGGACAAUUUCUUUGGCAGGUUUUUAGGAGAAAUCUAAGUGUGCCAACUCUUUCCUUUCACUGUGUGUCUAUGUGUGUGUGUGUGUGUAUAUGUGUGUGUGUAUGUGUGUGUGUGUGUGUGUGUGG